UUAGUUUUGCGGAGGAGGUGUAAGCAUGCCAAUUACAUGAGUAAUGAUUUUGACAAAAAUCUAAACGACGAAAUAGAUGUACAAUCUCUCCAUCGAAUAGCUCGGUCUUCUAAUUCUUUGGUAGCUACACGAGACUAAAUCUCUUGGUACUCGGCAAGUUUUUUAGAGCCUGCAGAUCAACCCGAGGCCAUCUAAUGGCUACUCCGGUUGGCUUUCCCUCAGAUCUUGAAAGAGAAGAGAGUCAGUUAUCUCUGGGUAGUUCUGAAGAUUACUCUACUUUAGAUGAUAUUGUUCUUAAAAAAUGGAAGUAUGCAGAGAUAAGUGACCUUCUUCAAAUGCAGCUGGCAGUAAUGCCUGGCUCCCAAGAUAAUAAUGGUCACUCUGUAAUUGUUAUUCAUGCAGUAGAACAGCAGAGCUUCACUGUUUUUAAUUUAGGAAAAAUUUUGUGUUACCUCAAAGAAAUUACAAGCGAUCAAGUACGAAAGUUUGGUUUUACUAUAUUGGUUGAUGUGAGGCAAGGGACGUGGUCUAUGAUCAAAAAAACUUUGGAAGUCAUCAAAGUUACUUUUGUUGAGUAUGUUCAUCAGGUCAUAAUUAUGAAACCAAAAUCUAUGUGGCAGCGUGGGCGAUCGUCAGUAAACUUUAGUUUUAAAAAGAGUAAAUAUGACUUUAAGUGCAUAUUGUUGGAGCAUUCUGCAGACGUUUUCCAUUAUAUAUCUCGUAGCAAUGUUCCUACAUAUCAAAAUGGUGAUUUUGAGUAUGAUCAUUUUAAAUGGAUAUCUGUUAUUGAAAAAUUAGAAGAUUUAAUGACUCAUUUGUUGUCUGUAAAGGAAAAUUACAGUGAUUUACAAGUCAUUAUUGCUAAAGAUGUAGUAUCUGUUGACCUUGAAGAGGCCAAGAAAGCUGUUAAGAAUCAUCUACUCUUAUUAGAGAAGUUUGAUAACCAUAAGCUUGAAUCAUUGUUGACUACUGUUAAAAAUGAUGUUGCUCUGCUACAGUCUUCUACAUUAACUAACCCUGACUUUGAUGCAGCUUUUGCACAAAUUUUUCAGCUCUGUGAUUCUCUUAAAACCAUGAAUUUCUACUUAAACGAAACAUGGAAGAAAAAAGGCGAUUCAUUGGAUCAUGUCCUGCAAUUUAAAACAUUUGAAAACGAUGCCUCUCAGCAUCAACUUUGGGUUUAUGAUCAGAUUAAUUAUAUAUCAUGUGAAAUAACUGGAAUUGGUACAGAUGUAGUCUCAGCUCGUGCUUCUAAGUUGCAAAUUGAACUUUAUCAAAGAAAGAUUAAUGAUAAGCAUGCUGAGAUAAACCGUGUCAUUGAAGUAGGGCAACGCUUAAUUUCUUUAAAUCAUCCAUCUUCCCAUCUUAUUUCUAAUACAAUUGAUGAAAUAAGUACAACAUGGGAAAAAUUAAUGGAUUCCAUUCAUCAAAGAGACUCUCUAAUGUCAUUAUCUGCUAGUUUUCAUGAAAAAGAGGAGAGGUUUAUUCAACACUCUGAGUCAUGGAUGGAUGAAUGCUCAUCUGAUUCUUAUAAAUCGAGCGUUCAAUUAGCAGUGACAAGGCACAAUGAGCUUGCUGACACUGUUUCUUUAAUGUAUACUAGUGCUUACCAAGAUGGACAUCACCUUAUUGAGAAACUUCGAAAACCUGUUGGGGAGGGAAGUGUUCCAUUUAAGUUCAUUCAAGCAACUCGCCAUGUGAAAGAGCGUCUUGAAAAUUUGUAUGAUGAAAGAAAUAUGAUUGAAGAGCAAUGGAAAAGGAGGCAAAAGUAUCUUUCACAGUCUCUUAAUUUUCAGCUUUUUCAAAUGCAAUCUGAAAAAGUUUCUGGCUGGAUUAAAGAAUCUGGGUAUGAUCAUCUGCUUAAAAAUGUUGCAGUUGGUGCUAGUGUUGAAUCUGUGAAUAUACUUUUAAAGAAUCAUGACUGCUUUGAGUCUGAAGCCCAAAUGUUUUAUUCACAGUUUAACAUACUAAAAAGGAAAGGGAAGGAGCUUUGUGAUAAUGGAGAAUGCCGCUCUGAGGAAAUGGAGCCUGAGAUUUCUACUUUAGAAAAGAUUGUUCAUGAAUUUGCAGUGGUAUUAGAUGAAAGGAGGGAGGUGUUACUGUUAGCAAAGCAGUGUUUUAGUGCUACUAAUAAUUUUUUAAAAGAAGUACAAAAUGUAAUGUCCAGCUUCCCACAUAGUAAAGUUUGUGGAACUGUAAGUGAAGUAGAAGGAAGAAUUGUUUAUUGUCACAAUCAGAGGGAUAAUAUUAAUAAGAUUGGUUGCAGUACUCUAGCACUUUGGAGUUUGUUAAAGGAAAUGGUACAGUCAUAUGUGAUACAAGCAAAAGCAUGUAAUCUUUCAGUCAAGUGUGACGUUGCACUGUAUGAUGUGGAGAACCGUAUGAAACUUGUGGAUAGGGAGAAAGAAAAGGUGGAUGAAUUGUGCAUCUUACGAGAAAAAAGAUUGGAGUGUACAGUAAAACGACUUAAUGUUUUUAAAGAAAUUAAUGAGGUACAGCACAGUUUAUCUUGCUUGUUAAGAUAUGCCUUUUAA